GAAUGUCACUAGCUCUUGGUUUUCGGUUACGACCAAGAGGGUCUUGCUUUGGAAAUUGCGGCACGGCUUAACCCUUUCUUGCAUAUGCUUUCCAGAACCUUGUUGCUAGACCCACCGAGCUGUACAGCUCUCUCCUGGUAGCAUUUUCUGGCGGCUGCAACUUCUUUGGUUGUGGAGAAUUUCUGCUGCAUCCGGUAUGCUGAUUCGUUUCUUGCUUCUCUCGGUGCUUGUCCACCUCUCCGGUUGUCGGGUGCUCGGCGCAAGGUUCCACGUUCCUCGAUCUCCAGACACUGAUGAUUCGAUUGAAAUCCUCUCUCUCAGAGAUCCAACUGAAGAAGAGUGUCAGAUCCAGGACAGCAUAGAAGAAAUCUUCGAUGUCACGACUGCAACUGAAGUAUGGAUGGUGUUACUGCAUCUAUCAGACCAUCAAGGCUCUCUUUUAAGUUCUACGCUUCUGACGGGAAAAGGGUAGCCGUGUUGGUCUGGCUAGAUGGAAAAAACAAUAUCCAUUUGAAGACGAGCGACUCAAUGCUGCAGCUGCUGGAACGAACUACAGAUCACCUGAUGAACAACAAACAUUACUCAAGAAAGACGCAUGGGAGGACGAUAGCAGUGUUGUUGUUCUGUUGUCUGCAUCUGAAGCUGCUGAAUACGGAGGAAGUGAGGGGAGUAAGCCAGUAGUUGGUGGACUAGACGAAGUAGCAAGCAAAGAUGACACAAGCUCAAGCAUCAAUCUCAACAUGGGCUCUAGAAGUGCUGCACAUGAUAGUAUUGACGACAAUAGCUACUAUUCUGAACAACACGAUUCUAUUACGACAUUUGUUCGCAAAAGACGGAGAGGACACAGCUGCUCCAGCAUUGGGGAGUUGGCGUAUGCGAAGAAGCAAUACGUUGACGAACCUUUCGUUGGGAGCGUUUGUGUUGCUGCGGUUCUCGGAGGCUGGGCAUCUGCACCUUUUCGGCCGCCAAUCGACACUACCGCGUUGUUGUCUUCGCAUGCGAAUCCCACCUUAUGGUCUGCUUCUGGGUUAUGCUUCCUUUUACUUUUCAUGAUCAUUUUGGCGCCCUUUUUCUAAUUCUCAAGCAAGGACCGUCCGAGCCUGACAGUACUAGCAGAGCAGCGACUCGGACAAGUUCAACGAUGUGUACGCCAACUGCGCAAAAGUUUUCAAAGCAAGGCCCACCAGCAACGAUGGGCCGCGAGCAAUCAGGUACUAGUGCCGUAGGUGCUACUACUGAUGAUCUCAGACGAUAUUGCGUAGAAAUAUUUUUCUUUUUGGCUGAACUACAGCAGGGAUUCAUGCUCCUGUGGUGGCGCACAUGAAGCGUAUGUAUGGCGGUGGCUGUUGUGUGGAGGCGUGGCAGCGUGUGACGAAGAUGAACCUGCAACAGCGAGCAGGCCACAGAGCCGCGCGCGACCAUGGUAGGGGCUGCCUCGUGCCUUCUCCUGCAGGUUGUCGGGCGGGUCGCGUAAUUGAGCCCGCCGCGCGCGCUCCUUGGGGCGGUGGAGAUAUUGCGCCAGCCUAGUGCCGGCGAGAAGUGGCGCCGCGGUGUCGUCUCUACUCACGACCGGGACCAGUGUGCUCAAAGUGUCCGGCGCAACACUCCCGAGGGGCGCUUGCGGUUGCAGGCAUCCAAUUCUUUCGCCUUUGAUUGAAGCCGCUGGAGCACUGUGCUGCGAGGCGGAGCCGCUUGCGCUUGUUGCGGGAAGACAGCAGUUUUGGGGUGCUUGAUUGCGGAGCAUCCUCACAAGACUCAUAGCAGCGGCGCAACCCAAUCCAGCAGCGACUCGCCUGAGUGCAAUGCCAUUGCGUGGGGUGGCUAGAUAAGGAGCCUCGCCUCUACUGCGGUGAAAGUGUCGGCGUCAGUUUCUGCAUCAGCGUGAAGGCUUGGGGGGUGGUCGUGGGGGUGCAUGACAAUGAUGCCCCAGGAGGUUCGAGGAGGGCGGCGCUUCGUGAGUGGUUGGCAUUCAGGUGGCUGCGGCGGGUAAUUUAUAUGAAGCAGGCGCGCUCCGUGGUGCAGGGGAGCAAACGCCGAAGCGAACGCAUAGGAAUAGCCGUUGCCAUGAUGGUGAGCAAAUGCCGGGGGUCUGUUGGAUUUGGAACGCAGACAGCACCGGCGCCACAUGUCGGCGCAGAUUGACGGCGCCGGUUUUCGUUGGUAGUUUCUCGUCUCCUGACUCGGGGGAGAAUGUGGCGCAGAGUUCAAGCGCUUGGCCAUUUGCUAUUGCUUGCCAUGCCUCCGCGCCUUUGCUUUUGGCAUUUUCAUGCGCCGGCGCACUUUUUAGUCAGCACCCGCGAAAGCUUCCCCCGGCCUCUAUCUUCUAGGUGACGCGCUUCGUCGUGGUGUUCCAUCUCCAUGCGCCUCCCCGGUCUUUUGGGUGGCUAGUAACUUCCCUCGUGUCUCUGCUUACUCUGCCACGGGAGCGCAAUGGCAAGCGGACCCUCCCUGUCCGCUAGAACUAGGGCGCGUGACUCUUGUGUGAGUCGUGUCCACCGUUUUCGCGACGGUGAUAUUGAGUACGGCGAAUUGAUCACCCACCCUAAAGUAUGUCCAUAUAUGCCGCCUACUUACUUACUUUGAAUGGAUCACCAGGAAGCAGCGCCAAACCCUCACAGUCACAGGUGGUUCCGACCUCUUUCACGAAGACCCGACCGGAGCAAGUGCAGCCUCCUUACCAGGCUUAGUGGAAGAGGGCGAGGAGUCCACUCGAGGCGCACUCACUGGUGGCUCCCGGCAAUCGACUGACUCUCUGCGCAUCCCAGGUAGAGUGCAGACGACGACGUCACGUUCCGUGUCUACUGGUUCGACGCUGCUCGCUGCGUCAGUUGGAUCCGAAAAAAGUGACACAUUUGAGAGUAACGCAAGUGGCAUGGGCAGUUUGCUUGCUGAUUCGGAGGGACGUGCAUCUGCUAGAGGAGAACGGAUAUCUAAUGGAGGAGGUGGCCGGAGGCCUCGUCGACAGGUCGAUUUGUCAACAAGGGACGGCAAAGGCAAUCAUGUUGACACCGAACAACGACCCCGCUCCCGCAUGGGUCGGCAUCGUACUACUAGUGGCCCGCUAUGCAAGCAGCUUGCUCGUGACUCGGUGGAAGCCGUGCUUUUGGCCGCUACUGAAUUGCUUUCGGCACGAGCCGCAGACGAGAGUGAUGAGGAAAUCGCGGCUCGACGACGAGCAGACCGAAGGAACAAGAUUUCUAGGUUACUUGACGUUUCUCUCGGGAUAAAAACUCUAGCAGUUCCAGGAGCUAUUAACGGACUGACAUGUGGAUCAGGAGAAGCCCAGGGGGAUAGCACUUCUAGAGGUGGAGGAGGCGACCCUUCGAGUUCAUCUGCAUCUGGUGCUGCCGCAUCCUCUUCGAAAGAUGGGCUCCGGCAUAAUAUGGACAAGGGCCGCAUCGACUUGAAUCUCUCCACAAACUCCAUCCCGGUUCCAAGAGAACUACCAGCUAUGUACCACACGCACGACCCUCAGCAGCCACCGGUGCCACUUCCGGCACGUUUGGUAGGUCCCAGUGUCCCCGUAUGUUUGCCGGCUCCGGUUGCAGCGAUUGCGCCUUUACUGCAGGCAUGUCCUACUAUUGAAAUGCGAUCUUCACGUGUGCCAUCUUCAAGAUGCGCAAGUCCGGCGAGUGGAGUUGAUGAGCCGUCUGCUAGUCUGCUUGAUGGAGCAGGAGGUGCUCCGCUUUCGGGAGAGGGGUCAGGAUCCGGCGACGAUUUGAGUAUGGUCACCAGCCACCUUUUCCGUCGGGACGCCACACGGGCUUCUUCGAAAAGACCAGCCUCGCCCUCUUCCUGCGGUAGUCCUGAACGCGUCGGCGUCCGCAAUUGGCUCGAUGACUUGCAGGCUUACUUUCAAUUGGAACUAUCGUCCUCAGAUGGCGACGUCAGUCCAGGUGGAAAUUGCUCGACCAACGGCGGUGACAUGGACACGACGAGUCCACGGAAUACUGCAGAUAUUAAAGCAGACAAGCCAACAGCUGGCGAAGCCAAGACUCCAGGUGGAGCAGAAGCAGGUGCUUUGAUGGCUGCGCUAGUAGAAGGUAUCGCACACGAUUGUAGUUGCAGCGUCCAGAGCCAGUAUCGAGGGCCUGGCUGCUUGCUGAGGUCGCAAGGUGGGAGCAACGGAGGUGAAGGGCAAACUACAACACCAGCAUUAAGGCUAGUGCACUUGUAAGAGAAGUAUGAUCCUUAAUAUACGAUGAGCGGGUGUCAUUCGUUUUUCAGGAAUUUCUAUCGUACUCUUGAUGAAGAAACAGAAUUAGAUGGCACGACGAAGCGUGAACAAACGAUGGUACACAAUGAAUCUCAAUCUACAUAUAGUUGCACGUCCAUCUUCCCUAAGACGAGUAGCACCAUCAUGUGAGGGGACGGGAGGCAGCGACUGUGAUAGUGUGUGCAGCUCGGCUUUUGGGACGUGGCCAUCAGAGGAGGUGGAAGACGCGGCGCGAAGUGAUAGUGGAGGUGAACUCGAAAGUCCUCGACAAGUUAGGGUCGCCUCCACUAUCACUUCGAGAACAACAAGCUCCUUAAGGCGUAUCCCUACAUGCAAUAUGUAAUAAUAUGUCUCUUAAUAGGUGGAGGUUAUGUUGAACCGCGACAUUCUUCGGGCUAUCGCACCAAGCACAAUUUUAAUGAAAGUACAGAGAGCAGCAUGUACUCCGAGAAAACUUCUACGAUCCUAAACGUCCGGAAGAAUGACUGGCGCUAAGAAAACGGAGUAUUUGGAUUGGAGGUGAACUCGAAAGUUUUCGACGCAGGGAACAACAAGGUUAAGGCUGGAGCUAGCAGUAUUAAUUUAACUGAUCAUGAUCUCCCAUGAAGAUAUAGAGAGCAUCUUCUACGACUACGACGUCGAGAAGAGUUCUACGUACCUACUUGAAAAUUUGAAUGACUCAUUACCGCUAAUAUCACGGAGUAUUUGGGUUCAAUACGACUUAUAUGCCUACCGUUGAUGAAUGCCCUGACGAAGCCGAGGAGAACUCGCAAGAGGAGAUGAGAGGUCAAGGAUCGAGAUCAAGUGCUGACAUCAACAAGCUCACUGCAAGAACUUCUAGUCGUAUUAGAAGUGUUUCGCGUUUGAAUCGAAAAGUCACAAAUAGAAACGGUUCUCUUGUCGGUUCUUCCUCUAGUGGAGGCAGUGGGAGUGGACCGUGGUUGAGGUGCUUGCUACUAAAGAUGGUAGGAUGUUUCGGAGGGCCUUCACCUAGCAACUGUAUUAUCAACGGCAAACCCGGUGCAUCUUCUUCUUCUUCUUCAUGUACUUCACCUUCUGUUCGGACGAGUUGUAACGAGGCUUUGCAGAAGAUGUUAGAAAGGGGAUGCACAAGUAGUUUGAUAGUACGCCAGGGCAACGAUCAUCAAAAUGAGCAGCAUAACACUGAUGUCUCAGCGCUCCUAGCAAAGAUGUUUGGUGCUGACGUUUCCUCUUGGGAGGUUUCUGAAGUAGAACUCAGCGAUGCGCCGGCUAGUAAACAUUAAGGGUUUCCGAAUUACAUCCCUCACUACCAUCCUUGGCUCAUUUUGAAGGGGAAAAUAGGUCAAGGAUGUUCUGAAGAAUGCAAUUCGGCAACCUAUAAAAACAAGGCGUAGAUAAAGAAGCGUGGGCACCAGUACCAGCAUCUACAGGUGAAGUGGAUAGACCUCAGACCCACCAAGAGGAAGUCCAUCGAGUUGAUCGAGAUGAUCUUCUGCAUCAUCAACAGCAACAGCAUCCCCCACCCCCAGCGUCUUCUUUCAGACGAGAUAUACGAAGUUUUUUUGCAGCUAGAUUGCCGAGAAAAAUUCACGUUCGCUGGAUUCGCGGUUCUUGCGCAAGGGCGCUGACUUGUUGCAGUAAUAAGAGGAGAACUAGUACUAGUACGACUACUAGUUCUGGUUCUUCGUGUAGUACGUCUACGACAAAGCGAGGACGGGUGGCUUCUACAGAGGUACUCGCAUCAACAUCUUCUGGUAGAGUUGUUGGGACAAGAACUAGUACCGGUAUUAAAAUUGGCGUCAUGCCAGAAUUCCGAGCAGCGCCGAUUCUUCCCACUUUUUCCACUGCUCAAGAAGAUGGUCUUCGUGCUGACUCUGACGAGCAUCCUGCAUACCACCAAUCCACAACGUCCGCUAGAAGAGUCGUGAGUUCUUCCACCAAGAAUGUUCAUUCUAGGAGUCCUCGGAGAUCAGUGGACGAACCUCCAGGUGCUCCGGAUUCUGGCUCCAGCUCGUCACCUGAAGAUGCCACUGAGGAAGAUGAUACAUCUACCCAUCGUGGUGUUUAUGCUAGGAAUUGCCGGGAAAACAGGCGACGUCUAGCGGAAAUGGGUAUAAUUCCUCAAGAUUGUGUGGACGAUAGAAAUUGUGGUAGAAGAGGUUCUUUAGGUCGUGCAAGAGCGUCUAGUACAAUAACGGGAACCGCAACUGAAGAAGCGUCGAGGUCGACAACGGAUCAUGCUCAGCCGUUGUAUUCAAAUGAAAGUCGUGAGAACACACACAAAAUGAGGGUCAUGCCGUUCACAAAUGAGGGUCGUGUUGGAACUUCAAGCUCUCAUGCGGAAGAUCGGAGAAGCAGAGUAGAGCAUCCUUCUUCAGGCUCUGCAAACGUCAGUGGAGUACCUUCCAGUUCUGCAGGACCAGAACAGGGCACAUCUACUUCUAUCUUUGACAUGAUCCCCAAUGUCGGGACAAUUGUUGAAAUUCAAAUUUCUUCAUGCGCGACAACUACCGCAUGCGAGAUGCGUCUGCGAAGUAACGGUGAGGUGAUCUGGCGCAUACCUCUUCGGACGCUUGAAGUUACUAGGGUUAAGGCUCAACUUUCAAUGGUCAUUGGAGUUGGUCACUGAGAUCGAAAAGGCCACCCCUUGAGAGAACAGGGGAAAACAAAGGGAAGGGGGAGCGCUUUGAAGGGGGUCCCUUCCGUUCAGAGUCAUGACGACCAUUGAAGGCUGAGCUUUAAUAGGGAGUCUGAUGUACUGAUUAGUUGUGCUGAGGAGAGCAUCAGCUAUCCUGGCAACACAGAGGCUACGAGCAACCAUUAUCGUCCUGAACUACCAGAUCUGGAGUUAUCUUCCACACAAGCGGUCGUCUAUCCUUCCGAAUCAUCAACAUUUGGAGGCGGUGGUCACAUGGUGGAGGCCCCGGAGAAUGUAGAGGCUCCGGAGAAUAUGGACGAGAUAGAACUAGAAGAGGUGUCUCACUCUUACGAUCCUGGCACAACAUUUGAACUGUUAUACUCCCACGAUCAUCCUAGAAGCAUAACUCACUCUCACGAUCCCAGCAAAAAAACAUUUGAACUGUUACACCAUGACCCUGAGAAUGGUAAUAUCGCAAUACGUCUUUUUCGGAACAACAAUUCACCUAGUAAAAGUAGUGAGAUGCAGAUGGAUCUUGGAUACAUCACAAGAUCUUUCAACGAGGGUCGUGGUCCUGCGGCCUCUUCGUCUUCCUCAGGUGGAGCACCCACGAAGAACAAACGAUUUGUGGUGGCACACCGCAGCAUCCUGCGCCGGAUUGAAGACAGAGGUGGGGACGAUGACGCAAGCUAAAAUUCAUAAAUGAUUAUAAUGUGUUGUUUGCCAAACGCAAAGCAAAUGUUUCUGGAUGAGGGAUGUGACAUCCUUGGACAUAUGGCAUUCUGAGAUGUUGAUGGGUGUAGUACCAUCCUCGUCUUAGCAUCUGAACCUUUGGUAUGUAUAAUUUAGUGGUGUGGUCGUCGAUCAGGAUCAGGAAAUAUAGUAGCUGCUAAACUCUAAUCGGUACUACAAAAAUAUAGUGUUUGUGAAACUCUAAGCGGUACUACAAAAAUAUAGUGUUUGUGAAAACUCUACUACUAGUUGAAGUUCUUGGUGUUUUGGUAGUUAGAUGCUGAUGUAGUGAUGAUUGAAAUUCAGGCGAAUUUCCUCCAUCGUCAUUCGACAAGCACCCUUCUGCUGACUUGGUUAGGUAUCCUUUCAUCAUCCUAAGCGAAGUAGUCGUUGAGGAUGAGCUGCUGGAGUUCACUCGCGCUUGGAGACCUGAUGGAGAUAUGAAUCUGAAGUUGACACUGCAGAUUGUAGUCAGACAGUCGAACUGCA